CCUCCACAGACUCACCUGGCCUGGGAGUGUCUCUGACCAGAUCAGCAGGCUCCAGGCUCGUGGCCCCGCCCUCAGGAGGCUCAGCUCCAGCACCAUGAAGGGCAUCCUGGUCCUCGGUCUCCUCGCAGCGCUCGCUGUGGCCCCCGGAGGGUCCGUGGACUGUCCACAGUGCUCUUCAUUUACCCCCUGUGACGGCAAUGAUGUCUCUCCAUGUCCUGAUGACACCUAUACUAGCUGCAUCUUUUCCUAUGCCAACUGGCCUUCAGUCUUACCACCCACAAGUUUCUAUGACAUGGCCUGCUCCACAAUCGACUGCUCACUGUUGCCUACGCCUGUGGAGGUUUAUAUCCGGAUAGCUGAUGAAGAAACAGCCUGGUUGUCAAGCCAGUGCUGGAAUGGAGGACCCUGCAAUAGCACCAUCCCCCCUCCAACCCCAGACUAUCCACCUGUAGGGACCGGUGACGCACAGUGCCCUGCUUGCAUGGUGGUUAACGAUACCCCCUGUGGGGAGAGAUUCGUGAGGUGUAACCCAGAUGAACGGUGCAUCGAUGGGCUUGCAGAUGUCAUGCUAGGGACUGGAGACUUGGUGCGGUUCACGCUGCGUGUCAGAGGCUGCUCCAACAUCCCCGACGACCUCUGCGGGUUCCUGUCGACACCGAACAUCAGGAUAGGGAACAUCGUCUUCCGGCAGCUCAUCUGCAGUGACCCCGACCCGAUCACCAAGAACCUGAACUCGGGCGCGGCCCUGGCAGGUGCCCCCUGAGCCAUUACCGCAGGCCUGGGGCUGGGGCAGCUGUGGCUGCUCAGAGCCUGUGCUGCCCUGGCCCCGCCCUCCCUAGCCCCGCCCCCAGCCCCGCCCUCCUGCCCCUGCCCCUGCCACUCCGUGUCCACCCCGUCCCCGCCCCCAGCUGCGCCCCAUCCCUGCCCCCACCCCUCCAAAGCCUCUGUGAAGCUACACCUACUAGGGUCUUGCCUGCAUCUGCCUGUGUCCUGCGGGCCUGGCCCUGGUGAAUGAAAGAGCCUGCGCGGUGCAGACCAGGGGCGCUGCGUGCACGGGUGCGGCCUCGAGGGAACGGGUUCUCCGCCUGAAGAGCCAAAGUGACUCCAUUUAAAAAAAAAAGAAAAGAAAAGAAAAAGCAGCCUCUGUUUCCCCCAGCAGACCCGAGUCCUUGUAAAAGCAGGCAUCCAGGCAUUCCAGAGACAACAAAGCUGACCAGGGACAGCUCACCAGACAAGGGCAGCUCAUAGAGGUUACGAAAUGAGUAACUCCCUGACCCCAGGCCAAAUGCAGACCCCCCCCCACCUGACCCCCGCCCGUUCAACUGAGAGCAACCCAGAGCAGCCCCGUCCAGUCACCAAUGCCCCGUGCUGUAAGCCCCCGCUGAUGUAACCCUUGGUUUUUCCUUUAAAAGCGCUCCCAAACAAAGGCUGGGCCUUCCUCUGACUUCCACUGCGUGGCUGGUCAGACGAGGUCCCUGCCGCGCUUGUACUUCCAA